GAGAAAGGACGCUUGCCCGCUCGCUGCUAGCUUGGAUCCGCGUGGACUACAGGGACUGAAUCGGACCCGGAACCACAUGGCCCCACUCGCCGGUGCCUCUCGCUCCCGGGUGUGGUCAGUGGGGCUACUGAGGCUGCUGCUGCUGUCCUGCUUUACGCUCCAGAAAGCGGGUGGGGAGAUAGCUGUGCAGGUGCUCUCCAAUUCGACCGGCUUCUUGGGAGGGUCUACAGUCUUGCACUGUAGUCUGGCUUCCAAAGACAAUGUGACAAUCACUCAGCUAACAUGGAUGAAGAGGGAUCCAGAUGGAUCCCACCCUUCCGUGGCUGUCUUCCACCCCAAGAAGGGGCCCAGCAUCUCUGAUCCAGAGAGGGUGAAGUUCUUGGUUGCCAAGGUGUACGAGGAUCUGAGGAACGCAUCUCUGGCCAUCUCGAACUUGCGUGUAGAAGACGAAGGCAUCUAUGAGUGUCAGAUUGCCACGUUCCCCACAGGCAGUAAGAGCGCCAAUGUCUGGCUGAAGGUGUUCGCCCGACCUAAAAACACAGCAGAGGCCCUGGAGCCCUCUCCCACCUUGAUGCCGCAGGACGUGGCCAAAUGCAUCUCUGCUGAUGGUCACCCUCCUGGACGAAUCACGUGGUCCUCGAAUGUGAAUGGAAGCUACCGUGAAAUGAAGGAAACAGGGUCCCAGCCGGGCACCACCACAGUUAUCAGCUACCUCUCCAUGGUGCCUUCUAGCCAGGCAGAUGGCACGAACAUCACCUGCACAGUGGAACAUGAAAGCUUCCAGGAGCCGGACCAGCAGCCAUUGAUCCUUUCCCUACCUUAUCCACCCGAAGUGUCCAUCUCUGGCUAUGAAGGCAACUGGUACAUUGGCCUCACUAACGUGAACCUGACCUGUGAAGCUCGCAGCAAACCACCGCCCACCAACUAUAGCUGGAGCACGGCCACGGGUCCCCUUCCCAACUCCACUCAUUUCCAGGAAAACGGCAGUCACCUGCUAAUCUCCACCGUGGAUGACCUCAAUAACACGAUCUUUGUGUGCAAAGCCAUCAAUGCCCUAGGGUCUGGGCAGGGCCAAGUGACCAUCCUAGUUAAAGAGGCAUCUGAGAUUCUGCCGCCAAAGACAAGCUUAGGCACUGGCUACAUCAUUGCCAUCGUCUUUUGUGUCCUGAUCAUCGGAGUAGUAGCAGGCAUUGUAUUCUGGAAAUACAGGCGUGGUUGUGGUCGGCAGUCCAGGACCUUAGACAGGGAGAACGUCCGCUAUUCAGCAGCGAAUGGCGUCUCUGUCCCAAACGUGGAGACGAACAACUUGAGGUGAUGGUGCUGGGGUAGACAGAACUAAGGAACUUGAAGACAUAACAACUGGAACCCUACUUCCACAAAAGAAAAAGCCUCCAGAGAGACUUGACUGUCCAGUGUGGCGAACAUAGCAAGGUUGGGGGUCUCCUUGGCCGCUGCCGAAUUCCGCAUUGUCGAAAGGACUCAUGGAACCCGGUGUGCUGACUCACACUUGACAUCUCAGCAAGCGAGGGCCACAUAAAGCAAGGUUGAGUCUAGCACGGCUGUAGAGAGAAGCCCUGUCUAUACACAGGCAAGCUAAGGGGCUUUGAGACAGUCAGAAACUGAAGUCUUUCUUUGGGUAAGGUAAAUCCUCUACCUCGUGUAUGUGACAAACUUGAAAGACUUCUACCUCUGAGACUCAAGUGCGGACUCUCUUUAUAAGCUGACUCAGCUGGGGCUAACCCCUCUCUCCUCUCUGGACAAGGUCUCAGAGUGUAGCCAAAGCUAGACCGAAACUCACAGAGGUCCGUCUGUCUCUACCUCCCAAGUGCUGCAGUUAAAGGUUUGUGUGUGCCACACUCCUUUGCUAGGUCUUUUUAAUAAAGUAAAAUAUUUAAUAAAGUAAUAUAUUUAUAAAAAAA